AUGAUGCUUCAGUUGAGCCUGGUUUCAUCAAUCGAUGAUGCCUCAUACGACUUGUUUGUCUCAACGCUGAGUAACCUCUGUGGCAAUCCCCCCGUCGUCUUCGGCAAUUUUACGGCAAUGCUCAAGCCUAACCCUGCAUUUGACAUUGAACAGGUUAACUCGAAGAACCAGCUGGUAGAGCAGAGCAGGAUUAAGCUCUGCAGGGGAUUGCCAUUGCAAGAGGUAGAAGCGGAUAACGCCAAAAGGGACUUUAGAUUACUUAAAAAGUAUCAGAACGAUGAGGUGCAGGGCCUGGAUCUUCAGAUAAUACAGGAUAUGCUACAUGGGAGCAGGGACCUCGACGAAAUGGAAGUCGACGGCGGAAGCAACAAAGGCGGGUCAGGCGCCCAAGACGUCUGGUCAUUGAGUAUUUCGGACAUUCCGACAGCUGGGUCUGGAAGAAAAGUGUCCACACAGGCCAUCACGGAAACUACUGUUCUGGCGUCAGGUGGCAGUUCUCCUUCUAUUGUAUCAUUUCUGUCAGAACUUGGAUACGUGUUGGACUUUCAGCUUUUGGUGCUAGGCAUUAAGUUCAAUAUGAACAAUGGCGUCUUCCUGGAACUAUCUAAAAUCUGGAGACUCAAUGACGGCAGGACCGAACAGAUUACCAAGGGCGGAUUCUUAGUCAAAGCCUUCGUGAAUGUGGCCAAGAGCACGGACAUCAAGAGUAUAAAUAGCGGGACAACCUCGCUUCUCGCGUUACAAAAGGAGCUCAGCGGCUACGUGGAGCUCGAGAUUCCAGACCGUAAGUCCAUGGACUCUCGACUUGAAAAUAAAAAUGAUAUCUAA